UCCACAGGAUGCACUGGCUUAGAAGAGCUGAUGGGGAUUGAUCCUUCCUUUGAAGUGUUCCAGUCCAGUUUGUUUAGUUCCAUGUCCAAAGGCCUGGAACGCAGUGUUCAGACUAAAGCAGUAAAUCAGCAGCUGAAUAAGAAUAUUUCAUUGUUCCUGAUUCACCUGUCCCCUUACUUUAUGCUUAAGCCAGCCCAGAAGUGCCUUGAAUGGCUGAUUCACAGGUUUCACAUCCAUCUCUACAAUCAAGAUAGUUUGGUUGGUUGUGUUCUGCCGUAUCAUGAGACUAACCUAUUUGUGAGGGUUAUUCAACUUUUAAAUAUAAAAAGCCCAACUCAUAAAUGGCAUUGGAUGGAUCCAAUAAGGAAAGCUGGAGUCCCGCUGGCAAGGGGUACUGUCAUUACACACUGCUACAAAGACCUGAAUUUCAUGGAUUUCAUCUGCAGGCUGGUGGCAAAAUCAGUGAAGGUCUUUUCAGAGUGUCCUAGCAACUCAGCUCAGUUGAGAGUUCUUCUGGUGUUUUAUGCCUCCACCAUUGUAUCAGCUCUUGGAGCCACAGAGAAGAUAACAGAUGCUAUAGUCUCUAUGCUGCUCCCGUACAUCCAAAAGGGCUUGAAAUCUUCUAUACAGGAUUACAGAGCUGCAACAUACAUGAUAAUCUGCCAGAUGACAGUAAAAGUGACAGUGGAGACCUCCUUGGUGCAUUCCUUGAUGUUACAGAUAAGCAAGGCAUUGUCUAAAGUGCCCUCAUUAGUCAGGGAUGGGGUGGCAUGCUUGAACCUACUUCUGCAAACUCAGAAAGGAGACAAACUUGGGAAAAAGCCGUUUAAUUAUCUGUGCAAAACCCCAGAACUGGUAACACUUCUACAAGGCCUUUCAGCAGGCUAUGAUAUCUCUCCUCUUCUGCAUUACCUGUUGCCUCACCUUGUUCAUACUGUAAUGAAAAGUGAUACGGAAGAACAAGAAGAAUCUGAGGAGACAGAGAAUCAGAUUUAUAUCAGACUUCUUGAAGGUAUUCUUCAGAGUAUACCACUGGAAAAGGAUUUAGAUCACCUGUUGGCUUCCAAGUUUCUUGAAGAGUUUAUCUCCUAUGGUACAGAAGUUGAAUCUAAUCCCACCAAAAUGGCUGCACUCAAUCAAAAGAUACUUCCACUUAUCAGACUUCUUGAAAGAAAGUAUCCUAAAGCCUUAGACUCUGUGUUGGAGAAGCAUCUGCAAGAUUGCACAGAUGAGGCUGACCAAAAUCUUUUUCACCAAUUUAUUUCUCUUUCAUUAAGCUGUGGCAAAUACAAGUUUCUGGAAGACUCUGAUACCUCCCUUCUGCUUAGUUUGAAUCAUCCUCAGCCAGCUGUGCGGGUCCUGGCUCUUCAGCAUUUGAAAGAUGUUAUUGAAACAUCAAAGGAUGGCUUUGAUCAGUCUUUCUUAGAGGAAGCAAUUUUUUGUCGACUCAAGGAUGACAACAGAGAUGUUGUAAUGUCUGCUCUCAGUUCUUUGGAGAUUUUCAGGAAACAAGUCAAUCCAGAACUAGUAGUUUCAAGUCUUUUGAACAUAUUCCAGAGAGCUGAUCUUUCAAAGGAUGGAAAGUGGUACAAGGUUCUGGAGCGAGCAAUAAAAAUAUUAGUCAAAGAAGAGAUUUUGAAAGAGAAAAAAGAACUACUAGAUGAAGCAGUAAUGCAGUUGUUACCUUUUAUGGUGAUCACUAAUGUGAAUUCAAAAUCUUCAGAUUGGAAAAUGGCUGUUUGUCUGUCAGAAUGUGAUCUCUGCUCCUUACACCCUUUACUGAAAGGUUGGCCAGAAGCUCUUGAAGAGGCAGUUAAAUCUAGCAAGUCUGCAGAGUUGAUUGAAGUAGCCAACAAGAAGAUGAUUCUGCUGUUUUCUGAAAACAUGACUUCAGGGGAUCCUUCCUUACUAUUGCAAAUGGUUGAUGAUCUGAUAAUCCUUGCUGAAACAGAAUCUGACAGCAUGAAACAGAAAGUAACUACUUAUAUAAUUGGUUCAGUGCUUGUUCAGUGCUGCUGCAAUACACAGAUGAAGGAAAGUUAUUUUUCAGUGGCUAUCAGAGUCUUCCGUUUCUUGGAUAAAAAAAUGAAAAAUCUCAGAGCUUGUGAUCCUGCAGAGGAAACUCUCCUAAAUUGGUCUGUUGAAACAAUAGAUGAAACUUUGGUGCCCAAGGACUUGUUAACUGCAUAUAUAGAAAAGCUCAGUAGUGAUCAGACUGCUCAUGCAGAGGAGUCAGCUAUGUUCCUGUUCUUAUUGAGAAACUUCAUUAAUGGCCUAAAACCUCCUCUGUCCUUUUCAAAAGAGGAAACUUGGUGGAAUCCCGAAUCUCUGAAUCAAGAUAGCCAAGACUACCUGCACCUGCUUUUGGGGCUAUUUGACCUACUUGUCUGCGGAGCUAGUGAGGGAAGCAAUGCUGCUCGGUAUAGAGCAUUGAUGAAUCUCUUACUCAAGGUACAUCUAAAAGAUUCGGAGGUUCUCUUCAAAUUCCUUUCAAUUUUAUGGACUUACAGUUACAACCUUUCAAAUCAUCUGAACUAUGAAGUCAGUGCAAUGCUACAGACUCAAGCUUUAUACAUUGGCUAUGCACUGCUGGAAUCACAGACAUACCAAAAAAAGAAACAGCUGGUAUCGCCAUCAUCUCCAGUGCUGAUAUCUUUGCUAAUUAACUUGGGUAGUCCUGUGAGUGAAGUUCGAAGGGCUGCUCUCAACUGCCUCCAUUCCUUGAGAGGGAUAAAGGAGUCUCUAUUUCAUCCUAUUCUUCAGCAUUUGGAGCAAAAGACAGAAGAGAUCAUAUCUGACCCUACAUACAUAACACAGAUUAUGGAAACUCUAUUUGAGGAGCUUGAGACACAACCAAAACAGAAAUCCCAGAAGAAAAAAUUGUCGGAAGCUUUGGAAAGCAUACUCGAUUGUGUACAGAACCCUAUUUUCCCAUCAUAUAUUGCAAGAAACUUAAUGAAAAUUCUUCAUGGACUUCAUGGUGAGAUGAUUCUUUCUCACCUCUUGCCUGCACUAGACCGGUUGCUAGAGAAGGUCUUUAAGAAACCUGAGGCAAUGUUGAAAGAUGAAGUUGUUCUCCUGCAUCUCAUCCUUGGAAAGUUUAAUGAAUAUUCAGCACCCCUCUUGUGCAAGAAUCAGCAGAGUCUGGAUUUAUUUAUCAAAAGUCUGCAUGCUGCCAAGAAAAUCUAUGAGGAAGUGCCACCUUUUCAGAUCACAGCGCUUGGACAGAUUACUAAACCAUUCUUUGCAGCUGUGUCAGAUGGGAUGGUGCAAGAGAAGCUGUUAAAAGUAUUGUUUGACUUACUGUUAAACUGUAAGAACCCUCUUUGUGCCCAGACCAUUAGCAGUGUGUUUAAAGGGAUUUCAGUGUGUGCUGAGCAGAUUGUCAGAGAACUGGAGCCUCCUGAGAAAACCAAAAGUCUGGCCACUGUUCAGCAAACUAGAAGGCAGAAAAUGCAGCAACAGAGAAAGCCUCAAGAUGCAGAAUCGGCGCCAGAAACAAGCCACUUCAGCUGGCAGAGGGUCAUGCUUAUUCUGGAAUUACUGCAGCAUAAGAAGAAACUUAGACGUCCGCAGGCAUUGGUACCUGCGCUUUUUAACCUGCUGAGCCGGUGCCUGGAACCUAUGGCAUCAGAAGAAGAAAACAUGGAAUAUACAAAGCAGCUAAUCCUCAGCUGCCUGCUAAGCAUCUGUCAGAAAUUGUCCUCAGAUGGCAGCAAGAUCCCAGCAGAUAUCCUUGACAAAGAAAAAUUCAAUGUGGAAGUGAUAGUUCAGUGCAUCAGGAUUUCUAAAAUGCCCCAGACACACCACCAUGCACUGCUUCUCCUUGGUGCUGUUGCUGGCAUGUUUCCCGAUAAAGUUCUCCAUAACAUUAUGCCUAUUUUUACAUUCAUGGGAGCAAAUGUUCUGCGUCUGGAUGAUACUUACACAUUCCAAGUCAUUAAUAAGACAGUGCAAAUGGUUAUUCCUGCUCUUAUACAGGCUGAAGACAGUGAUUUGUCAGAGUCCUCGGGAAGCGUGGAAGAGGUGGUGAUAAAGAUCAUUCGUGUGUUCGUGGAUGCCUUGCCCCAUGUGCCGGAGCACCGGCGCCUGCCAAUCCUGGCCCAGCUGAUCACUACGGUGGGAGGAGACAAGUUCCUCUGGGUUCUCCUGGUGCUGCUGUUUGAGCAGUAUGUGACCAAAACUGUGACUGCAACGUCAAGCGCAGACAAGGAUGCUGUUCUGGAAGCAGACACUGAAUUUUGGAUUUCCAUCUGUUCCGAAUUUAAUGUACGUUCUCAGUUCCAGAGCAUGAUGAAAAUAAUCCAGUACUUGACAGAGCUGCCAGAGAACAAAGAAGAUGAUCCUGGGCCAAAAAAGUCAAGAACAUGCAAGACAAAACUAAAAAAUCAGGAUGGGCAGCUCUUUAAUGUGGAGUCUCACUCGGACAAACAACUACGGCAUUUCAAAUUCUUGUCAGUCUCCUUCAUGUCACAACUUCUAUCCUCUCAGAGUUUUGUGAAAAAGAUAGUUGACUGUGCAGAAACAGAAGAGCUGCAGACGUUGGAACAGAGGCUAUUAGAAGAAGUUCUUCACUAUAUAAACACUGUGGCAUCUUCAGUGGAAGGAAACAUGGACAAGCCAACAGCCAAAUUUUGGAGGGUUCUGCUUAACAAGUCCUAUGAUAUGCUGGAUAAAGUCAAUGCCUUAUUGCCAACAGAAACCUUCAUCCCUGUAAUUAGGGGACUAUUGACGAAUCAGCUCCCAUCUGUGAGACGUAAGGCAAUGGAACUUUUGAACAAUAAGGUGCAGCAGCGCACAAGGUGGCAGAAGAGCCAGAUCCUGCAGCUCUUGGAGCUGGUUCCUGAGCUCAUUGCUAUUGUGCAGUGUAAAAGAAAGGAGGAAGAGGAGGAGCAAGCCAUCAACAGGCAGACUGCUUUGUUCAGCCUCAAGCUACUUUGCAGAGGUUUUGGCACAGAAAAUCCAGUGCCAUUUGUACCUGUUCUGAAAACUGCCAUUGAUCUAAUUUCUUCAGAGAAGGAGGAGAAGAAUGUGAUGGGAAGUGCUUUGCUUUGUAUAGCUGAGGUCACCUGUACACUGAAAGCCCAGGCAAUACCUCAACUUCCAAG